UUUCUGUGGCGGCGGUGGCAGCAGCGCAGUGGCCCCUUGGGCGGCGGCGCUGGGAGGGCCCGGGCAGGGGGAUGGCGGAGCCGGGCGGGGUGCCAUCUGGCACAGGCGGAGCCGGGGGAAGCUCCGCGGGGUCCGCGGCUACUGACCCGGCCUCGCUGCCCCCCGGCGACGCUCAGCUUAUUGCCAUUAUAGUUGGGCAGCUCAAGAGCCGCGGUCUCUUCGACGCUUUCCGCAGGGACUGCCUGGCCGACGUCGACACCAAGCCAGCCUAUCAGAAUUUGAGACAGAAAGUGGAUAAUUUUGUGUCUACUCACCUGGAUAAGCAGGAUUUUGAAUGGAACCCAACAAUGAACAAAAACCAGUUGCGGAAUGGCCUGAGGCAGAGUGUGACACAGUCAGGGAUGCUGGAAGCUGGAGUGGACAGAAUUAUUUCUCAGGUGGUAGAUCCAAAAUUAAACCACAUCUUCAGGCCACAAAUAGAGAAGGCAAUUCAUGAGUUCCUGGCUGCACAGAAGAAAGAAGAAUCAGUGCCAGCUCCUCCCCCAGAGCCUGAAAACCAGGAUCCUUCUGCUCCAUCGCAAGAUGCCUCGUAAGUGCAUUUCUGGCUUUAAAGUGGCUGCAAUUGCAAAACCCAGGCUGAAUCUGACUGGCAGUGUGCUACAUAUCUGCCUGUUGCAGGACUGCAGCUUGUUUGCUAAUAUCAACCAUGACCGAGGGGAAGGAUUGGCCAAAAUCACGUGUGGUUUCCACAUGGUUUGGAAGGAUAGGCUGAAUGUGGGAGUGUUGGUCUGGGCAGAAGUAGCAUCUGUCUUUGCUAGUUAUAUGUUUGGGGGCUUGCCUCUCUUGGAGGAACCACAAGGGGGGAGAGGGUUCUGGUGUGAUAUUAGUGAAACUGGUGGUAGGAGUAUAGCAGUAGGAAGGAGGUCAUUUUGGGGGGGUGUGGUUUCUUGGAAGGCUGCUGUCUGGUAGAAAGCCUUCUAGAAAGGGGCCUGGAUAAAAGAGCGUUCAGCAUCUAAGCAUGAAUCUGAUCACUUGUCGGCAAAACGAUCAUUGAGCACUACAUGGUAGAUCAACUUUAUUAAUAAAAUUCACGGUGCCUGUCCAUGUUUGAUACAACUGGAAGAACUAUUCAUUGUUGGUUUUAUAGGAAUAUUGAGACACAAGCCUCUGGCAGAUUUGUGGGAAUGGGGUCUGACUUAAUGUCGCAGCUCAGCUGAUUUCCCAGGCUCCUUGGGAAAAUCUGACCAAGUGGGUGUGGUACAAGAUAUUUUUCUGUAGGCCUUACAAUCAAGUGAAGUUCUCCUAUCCAUGAGAUUCUUCAGGUGCCUGUUAGAAGCUGCUUGGAGAGUCACACAAGCUCUCGACACUUGUGCUCAAGUAUUCGGUUAGCAAAAUAUCCAGAUCUUUUACAAUAAAAUGU